AAAGCGGGUUCUCCUGGGAGAUACUGUGGAUUGUUUCUGGAGUAUCAUUUCUUUUAUGUUUUCUCUGACAACAUGGAGUACUGCUUUUUGACUGGAUUCCUAGUGGUUUUGUUGAUACAACGUUGCAAGUCUGAAGGUCACUCUACCUCCAUCCAGUCCUCCACAGCGGUCCCCUUGCAAGAUGGGCCAGCCACACCCCAAGAACCAGAGCCCGCUGCAGAGGUGGUAUCUGCGGUGGCCCCCCCCAGCCUGAAGGAAGUUCAGCAGGCCGUGCAGGAGGCCUCAGAGCAGGUGGAGACCCGUGGGGCGGAGGAAGUGCUGAAGGUGCUGCUGGAGAGGGUGGUGGAGGCAGCUUGGGGGCAGGUGGAAGCAACAGGAGAAGUGAAAGUAGAUGAGCAGGCAGUACGGGAGGAGGAGGCUCUUGAGCCAGAAAAAGAAGAGGUGGAAACAAAUGCAGAGGUGUUGGAGAAGGUGGUGGAGGGAGAAGAUGUGGCCGCCGAGGGCGAAUAUAACAAUGCUGGAGAAGAGCAGGAGGUAGCAGUGGUGGAUGCACUGGAAUAUGUUUCUGAGGAGGGCGAAGGAGUUGAGGAAAGGGAAGGGGAGACCGCGGCGGGAUCUGUUGUGGAGACCGGAGUGGGGGUAGAAGCAGAGGGAGUGGAGGUUAUCAACAAGUCUCUUGGCAUCAACUCCCCUCACAGGACUGCAGAAGACACAGUGGCUGCGUUAGAAGAGACGGGAGGGCACACAUUGGCGGAGGCAGGGGCGCGGGUCGGCUACGAGGAAGAAAAAGGUGCGGCUGAAACAGAAAGGCGGGAGGUAGAGGAAACCCCAGCUGUUGUGGAGGUGGCAGAAGGUGGAGAGGCGGAGGGCAGGCCAGGGUCCAACACCAGCCUGGCGUCAGCUGACGUGCAGCAGAUAGGGGACGUACGGGGAAAUGAAGACAAUCGGGUCGAUGAAAUGGCCGUGGUCCCUCAUUCUGAUGAUUUAGAGAUAGAGUCCACACAAACAGUAGUAGGGGAGCACGUGGAGGAGAUAAACAUAGUGGAGGAAGCCAAAGAGCCAGAGGUGGAGGACCAACAAGGCCAUUUGGUGGUGGGGGGUGUAGCUGCACAAGAUGAAGGGGCAGAAGCGGGGGAAGAGAGUCCAAUCAAGGGAGAAUCGGUGGAGCUGGCGAAUGAGGGGGGUGACCUACAAGCGGGGGAGGAGGAGCAGAGGGCUCUGGAGACCUCGCAUGGCGGUGACAAAGAGGAUCAAGGUCCACUCGACAAACCCUAA